AUGUCAACUUCACUUCCCAUCCCUGACGCUCUAGGACAGCACCUUAGGGGCCCUGGCAGGGAGCAGAAGGAAGCAGAGAUGAACUGUGAGACGGUCCACUUCCGCACAAACAGCCAGAGCGUCUCCCUGCACCCUUCAGGGCUGGACUCUGAGGCAGUAGCUCCCGCAAUCCUCAAGAUGCCAAGGCUUGUUCGGGCCACGGUGGCUCUUAUGGCCAUAACCCUGAUCUCCUCUCUUGUGGCUCUCUGUGUUGUCGUUCUACAGAACUCAAGACCUGCCCUGGAAGCAUAUUCCUCCUUCCAAGAGUUUCAAGACAUGGUUCUGGGAGACAACACUACCGAGCAGUUACCUGUGGACCCCAACAAUUCCUAUCACCUUUGCAGGGUGGCAGAGUUGCAAAAAGCAAUCCAGACGUUUAAAGGCUUUGUGAAGAAUUCCAGCACCUGGAGUGUGGAAAUCCAGAUGCUGACGGGCAGAGUGGACACUGUCAAUUCUCAGAUCCGGAUGCUGGGUGCUCAUCUGGAAAACACCAGUGCUGACAUCCAGAUGGUAAAAGGCAUUGUGAAGGAUGCCAGUACCUUGGGUUUCCAGAACCAGAUGUUAAAGAGCUCCUUGGAGGGGCCCAGUGCUGAGAUCCAGAAGCUAAAGGGAGAUCUGGAAAAGGCAAAUUCCUUAAAUUCCCAGGCUCAGACUUUCUUCAAAAGCAGUUUAGGAAACACCAGUGAUGAGCUCCUAAUAGUAAGCACAGGCUUAGAAAAUGCCAAUGCUGAAAUCCAGAUGUUGAAGGCAGGGUUGGACAUGGCAAACGCUCAGGCCCAGUUGGUAAACCGUAGUUUAAAGAAUGCUCAUGUGCAGAUCCAUGCUUUGAGAGGAGAUCUGGAUACCAUCAAUGAUUUAAGAGCCCAGAAUCAGAUUUUAAGAAGUAGUGUGGAGGGAGCCAAUGCUGAGAUCCAGAGGCUAAAGGGAAGUCUACAAAAUGCAAAUGCUUUUAACUCCCAUAUUCAGACCUUUAUAAGAGAAGGUUUAGAUAACACCAGUGCUGAGAUCCGGUCAUUGAGAGGUCAUCUGGAAAGAGCUAGCAAUGAGACUCACCUGUUAGAAAGAAAUUUGGAAACACUCACUGCCCAGACCCAAAUAGCGAAUGGCCACUUGGAGCAGACAGAUGCUCAGAUCCAAGCAUUCAAAGCAGAGCUGGAAUCUGCCAGUACCUUAAAUUCCAAGAUGCAGGUGUUAAAUGGCAAGUUGAAAAAUGCCAGCAAAGAGAUCCAGACCCUAAAACAAGGAAUGAAGGAUGCUGCGGCCUUAAAUUCCAAGACCCAGAUGUUAGAGAGCAAUCUGCAGACGGCCAAUGCUGAAAUCCAGAGGUUAAAGGGGGAAUCGGAGAACACCAGAACACUAACUACAAAAAUGCAAGAGCAGCAGAGUAGCCUGCAGACGCUACAAGAGGCCUUUGCUUCCCAGGAGCAGCUACAUAGGACCCAGAAUCAACUUCUCCAGCUGAUCCUGCAAGGCUGGAAGGUCUACAGCAAGAGCUUGUAUUACUUUUCUCGUGUCAAGAAGUCUUGGCAUGAGGCUGAGCAGUUCUGCGUGUUCCAGGGAGCUCACCUGGCCUCGGUGACCUCUGAGGAGGAGCAGGCAUUUCUGACAGAGACCACAGGCACCUCUUACCACUGGAUUGGCCUCACUGACAGGGGCACAGAGGGCUCCUGGCGCUGGGUGGAUGGAACACCAUUCAGUAAUGCCCAGAUCAGAGCGUUUUGGGAUAGGAAUCAGCCAGAUAACUGGCAGCACAAGAACGGGCAGACUGAAGACUGUGUCCAUGUUCAGCAGAAGUGGAAUGACAUGGCCUGUGACACCCCAUAUCACUGGGUCUGCAAGAAGCCCAUUGACCAGGGGGUGGCCUGAGGUGAGCCAGGGUGAGGGGCCUGUGCUGCUGCCAGCUGUGGGCCCUCUCCUUCAGGAAGCCUUGUGAGCCUCUGAGCCCAACUCAUUCUCUGGGGCCUUCCAUUUGGCCUUUCUUAUCUGCUCUGUCCUUUUAUUUAACUCUUUGAACACAUGUACCUCAUAUGACCCAGUAGGAUCGAGGACUCAGUGCAAGAGUAUUCCCAUGCCUCUCAGCAAAUAAAUAAAUACUUAGUUGGAUGAAUGGAAGCUUUGUGCUUAUCUCUUUGACAGCCAUGUACUCUUCUUCCUGGAUUGGUUCUCCUUCUUUAUUGCUCCUUCUGCCCUGCAACAAGCACAUCUUUCUUUAAGGGCUUUACAUCUAGGAACAUUUAGUUAGUUCAUUCACAAAACAGCAGAGGUUUAACACAAACUACAGGGACAUGGCAGGGGGUGCAAUUCCCAGGAAGUUAGAACCCAUCCCAGGUGUUCCUCUGUUACAGAUGGGGCUGGAGCUGGAUUUUUCCAGGCCUUUGAACUACUCCAAAAACUUUUAUUCU